UCAAAUCUUCCCAUGAGCCUUUGCUGUCCCUCUUUCUAGCCGGCGCCUGAGAUGGGUAUCUCAAGGGAUAACUGGCAUAAACGCCGCAAGACUGGCGGUAAACGCAAGCCCUACCACAAGAAAAGGAAGUAUGAGCUCGGGCGCCCUCCUGCAAACACAAAAAUUGGACCUCGUCGCAUCCACACAGUGAGGGUCCGUGGUGGGAACAAGAAGUACCGUGCUCUGAGGAUCGAUGUUGGUAACUUCUCAUGGGGCUCUGAGUGCUGCACACGUAAGACCAGGAUCAUUGAUGUGGUCUACAAUGCCUCCAACAACGAGCUGGUCAGAACCAAGACCCUGGUGAAGAACUGCAUCGUCCUCGUCGACAGCCUUCCUUACAGGCAGUGGUAUGAGGCCCACUUUGCCACUCCUCUGGGACGAAAGAAGGGAGCCAAGCUGACUCCUGAAGAGGAAGAGGUCCUGAACAAGAAGAGGUCGAAGAGGACCCAGAAGAAGUACGAUGAGCGUAAAAAGACCGCCAAGAUCAGCACCCUCUUGGAGGAGCAGUUCACGCAGGGAAAACUGCUUGGUGAGUCAACAUGUGUAUUGUUCUGCUGUAUGGAGUUUGUAUCUGCAUCUCUUUUGUGACUGAAUACUUGCAAAUUUAUUUUACUGCCAAGUCAGAUGCUAAUUAAUUUCAGUGUUAAGGCACAAUAAUAAAAAAGCUCUGGUCAUGCAUGUCUUAUAUCUGUGACAGUGUUACUUCUGAGAGUUUAAAAUAUCUGAAUUUCAAUUAACUUUUAAAUGCAAUAUAUCUCUUGUCAUGUCAAAUUGCACUGAUCUGAUCUUGUGGGAUAACUUGCCCAGUUACCCCUCUGGGGUUGAAGUUUUGGGAAUCAGGCCAACUAAAUUGGACUGAAUGUUCUACAUGCAGUGUGUAAAAUUAGUCUGGAAAGACACCUGUAAGGGUGUUUUUUUCUGUACAAUUGCAUUUACUUUUUGCCACAAUCAGGGUCACAAGAUAACAAAAUAAAUAUUUUUCUUUUCAUGGCACCUGCUUUAUAAAGUUCUAUCUGACCUGGUGCACGUCUUUCCAUGAAGAUAACUUUGUCCAGUUCUGCUACUGAAUGAAAGUGGUGAUAACGAUGACUCUGAGAAAGACCUGUUACCUACACUGAUACUUACACCUCCUGUGGUGCCUACAAGCAAGGCACUAGGCUGUUCAGUGGCAGACAGGUGACUGUUUUGUACUGGAAUUGCUCCAUGUGGGUAUUUGUAUAGCUAAGGGUGCAGCAGGGCAAUUAUAGACGGGUGUGUCAGAUCGGCUGUGAAAGAACCAAAGACUCUCACGCUGUUGGUUACUUGUACUCAGAAGAUUAAUAAAGCUUAAAUUCUUCAUCAAUCAUCUAUAUGAUGCUUCUAAUCUGACAUCAAUAUUAACUGUAUGGUGUCAUAACAUUUCUGCAA